AAAAAGAGAAGGAAAAAAGGAAAAAAAAGAAAGAAAAGAAGAGAAGAGAAGAUGCCAUUGAUCUCAGUAAUAGAGAAAUGUUCUCAUUCACAGCCAUUAAGAAAGCAGGCCUCAUCUGAUUACUACAUAAUUAAUCACAUUUAAUUAAUCGGCCUAGCUUAAACACUAGGCGAAGGUUUACUUUCCUUUAUUCCUAAAAUAUUAAUUAGCCAAACUAACGAAGUCAAAGAGGAUGCCAUUGAUCUCUGUAAUAACGAACAUUUCUAAUACAAUGCAUUAAUGGAAGUGUGGCUUUCACUGCCAUUAAGAGAUUCAGGCCUCCUAUUGACUUGAUGACAAGUUUGAGAACUUAAAAUGAGGAGGCGACAGCAGGAAAUCGAAGGUCUUUGGAAGCCCUGCACUAGUCUCCUCCUCAUAACGUUCAUUUCAUGCACAGUAGUAUACAUUCUACUUUCUCCUCUCUUUAAACCUCACGAGGUCUCCUCAAAUACCCAUUUCAAUUUAACAAAAACCCACCAAAAGAAGAAUAUAAAAAAAGAGCAGCCUGAAUGUUGUAGAGGUCAGGAUCACUUGGAGCUAUGGGGUAAGGUAGUCAAAUUGGGUACUGAUUUCAAGGUCAGCACCCCUGAAGAUUGUUGCAAAGCCUGCAAAUCCAUGUGCAAGGAGGAUGGGAAAUGUAGCUGCAAUUCUUGGGUGUUUUGUGGCGAUAAGAAUCGAUGUGGCGCCAAGCUUGGGGAGUGCUGGUUGAAGCAGCAAGCGGAUCCAAUGUCCCCUGAGGUACACGACUCUGCAUCAGAGUCUGAAUGGACAUCAGGCCUCAUAUUUGAAAAGGGUGUGGGAUACGUUGCAUUGGAGACUAAACAUGGAAAAAUUCGUAUAAAGUUGCUUCCUGAUUGUGCCCCACGGUCUGUAGCAUAUGUGAUCGAGCUACUAAGAUUACGCCAUUGUGCGGGCUGCGAAUUUUAUCGUGCAGAGAAACGUGGAAACAAUUGGGAUAUGGAUGGAAAUCACAUAUCUAAGAGUUCUUUAGGUCCCCCAUAUGCUCUCUUGCAAGGAACACUUGAAGCUCAAGGACUAAUCUUUGAAGAAAUUCCCAAGGAGACAUGUCCGGGUAUAAAGAGAGGUUCAUUAGCAUGGAUUGAUGGUGGGCCUGAUUUCUUUAUCAGUCUUGCAAAUCAUGAUGAGUGGGGUGGAAAAUAUACAGUGUUUGCUUCAGUUCUUCCAGAAGAUAUGGCCAUUGUGGAAGAAAUUGUUGAAUUUCCAUCCAAAUCAGAAAUAUGGGGUGGAAUUAAAGUAGCUGUGUUAGAAAAGCAAAUUAGCUUGAGAAUCAGGAGGGCUGCAAAUGUUGAGAGCUGAUUCUCUUCUUCAGAAGAGCCUUAGCAGCCCAUCAACAUGAACGAGCAAAAAAUUUAUUUGGCUCUGUUGCUUCAAAUCAUGGAGUCCUUUGAAUUCUUAGGGUAUGGUUACUACGCCCAUUGCCCUAGCUUUCAAUAGAAACAAACAUGAAAAUUUGUAUGAUGAAAUGUAAAUGCUCUUUGGUUGAAUAGAUUUGUUCAAAAUCUUCCAAGGGAGUCAAAUAGUGAUAAAAAUUAAGCAUAUCACCUCUAUUUAUUCAUUGCUUUAAUAAUUUAUUUCAUUAUUGCUAAA